GGAGUAAAGCUAUUUAUAGCAGCAUACGAAACUGACGCGAAAAGCGAAGGCAGACGACACACCACGUGUCUAUUUUUUCAAAUCGCAUAGGUGUUGACUUAUUGAUAAUCAUUAGACCGUGAAGACCGGUUAUUCGUCUGCACUAAACGGGGGCGAUUUUGGUCGAUGUGUCAACUCUAUGCACACUGGAUUACGUGUACACACUCUCUCUCUCCUCCUCGGACUGUAUCGAACUCUCCCGUGGACAUUCUUAGAUUUGUGUAACUCGGUCUGAAGUGCUGACAAAUCUACAUUCGUACUUGUGACAAAGUUAAUGAGAUUCAAAGUGCUGCCAACGAUUAGUACGUACUAAUCCUAAUAUUAAGGGAGUCAGAUACACAUUUCGUCUUCUGCGGAAUCAAAGAGAAUGGGAGGCUGCCAAAAGUUCUGCCACAUUGUAGCUUUUCUGUUUCUCUUAAGCAACAAUGUCGCAGACUUCAUCAGUGAUUGGCUGUUCUUUGCAGAGGUCAGGGUCGUUGGAAAGGGUAUUGUUUACGGGGAGCCAGAUCAGGGCGCAGUAUGGGCGCUCCUAGCUUUCUGCAUCAUUGGCACCCUCACUUUCAGUCUAGAGAUCGCCAACUUGUGCCGGGAGUCCUUCAGAAAAAAUGCGUGGAUCGAUUCAGACCUGCUGUCGGCGGUGGUGAUCUGGAUUGAGGACAUCCCACAAGUGGUCAUAAGUUUGUAUUUGAUCUUGUGCCGGGAGGAGCCCAUUAGUGUGUUCCAGCUGGUCAAGGCCGGUGUUAUCCUGACAGGCAUCUUCAUCAGGAUCAUCGUCAGCUUGGUCAAAUAUUGCAACAAAGAGGCCAUUCGCUCACAUCACCACGUCAAAUAUAAAGUCUGCAUCAUGCUCGGCAUGUUCAUUGAAGCUGCCUGCGCCGUGGCCAUCUUUGUACUGACCCAGACUGAACGCAACGGCUCUGGCACGGUCAGCUUCCGAGUCCCCACCACCAUCAUUGAUGACCAGUUGGACGACCAGCGCUACUUCGGCAACGUCAGCAUCUUUGCCAGCCACGCCUACUUCUUCAACCAGGGCCAGCUUGACCCGGAUAAGAAAGAUUCCGUUGUCAACUGGAUUAGGCUGACUACCAUCAACAAACUCAGGUCCAGUCCGAACAAAGAGUUAAACUUUAGGAUACAGUUCGAGCAGAUUGCUAACAUCCUUAAAAUGGCCAUCUGGGAAAAACUUGCAGCAUGGACUUUGGUUGUUUGUUACAACGUGGACAUCUCCUUAGCGUCCAUACAAAAUGUGACCAACACAACAUGUGCUGCUACAAACUAUUUCAACCACCCGGUCAACGCCUUCAUCAAGUUCAGGUAUGAAGAACCUUCCAGCAUGUUCAAGAAGAAUGUCCUUGGGGAAAUAUACGUCAACAUGAAGCUGUACCAGAGCGGCCAGUGCACACCGUACAGCGACUACAGGUCCACCAUCGAGGACAGUCUGAGGGACCAAGUCAACAUGACCUUGCAUUACUACCGCACCAACCUGUCUCUCCUCCCAACAGACACCAACCACAUGAAGCACAACGGGACCCAAGACCCGACGUUUUUUAGAAAUAUCAAAUCAGACAUGACAGACGUGUCUGAAGUCUGGAGGACGGGUUGGAGGGAAUGUGAGGCCACAGGUCACGUCGGCCCGGUACUUGACCAAAGGAUGGAACUCGAUUGUUCUAUGACUUAACUUCAAGAUCUGUCUAGAUAGAAUCGUUAGAAUUCUGUUCUUUAUAGCGCUUAAACAACUGAGUUCCUUUUCUCUAAGAAGGCAAAAUCUAGUGUUUUCAUGUUAAAAUUGACAAUAGAAUGGAUCAACUGUACUGGAUACAUUCUAACUACACGACUAGACGUAGACAUCGUCAAAAUGGAUCAAUGCUCUUCUGGACUUAUAAAAAAAGGACAUUGGUGAGCUCAUACAAGAUUGUACGCUUUAUAAAGAACUUUCUAGCACUUUGAAUGUGUGUGCGUGGGGAGUAUGUUUUCCUUACUGUUUUGUUUCGUUUCUUUCAAGACAUAAUUUUAAUUAUCUCUUAAGUUUUUAAUGCAUCAUGUUACGCCAAUAUUGCCUUUAAGCAGGCUCCAACGGAAAUGGCACUGUCAUGCGGUUCUAUAACAAGACUAUUAACAGCAUCGCUUAGUCAUUUUAGUUUUGAAAAAUUGGAAUAUCGAAAUGUAUGUAAAUGUGAAAAGACAUAGUCAUUUAUUGAUCCACUUUUCCUAAAAUUUCAUUUGGGCAAGAACAAGAAAUCAUUAGAGGACAUCAGACGAGCAAUGCUUGUUAUUAUACGUUGUAGCAGUGGCAGUAUAUGCAUGCAAGCCACAGCGAAUCCAAAGCAAGGGAAACAACUGAAUUUAUAGGGAAAAUGUAAUGUUUCACACGAGUUAACCCCCUUUAAAGAACACUUACAGCCGCUAAUCUUCUCUAUGAAAAGUUUAACCCUUUGGUGGCUAUCAAAAAAAAAAAAUUUGCUUCAGUUUCUCUCAAUCUAGCUCACAACCUAGGGACAAUGGAAGUCAUGUUCGAAAGAUCACCUCAAAGAAUCUAUUCAGUUCCACUAAACACUUAUAAUGGUCACUCCCUAAGAGUGGUAGCUUGCAUGGCAUAUCUGGGAAGCACGGCAGCGUCACAGCACUUAGCGAGAGAAAUAAAUAGCCGCCUUCAAAGGAGAGUGAGGCUUAGUGAAUAUUUUAUGUACUUAAUAGGUCUCAUCACAACAAAAAAAAAAAAGGCGUGGAAAAACAACAACAUAUGCCUGAAAGGAAAGUCAAGGUGAAGGUUGUUAGAGCGUAUGAUAUGACGAAUGAGGCUCAAGGGUAUUCAUGGUACUGCAGUAUUUAAGGAGGCUAAUCAAGGUAGUUGGUCAGUAGUCAUUGUACAAGCUUGGGUUAGUUGUUGAUCAUUGUUGAUAUCAUUGUCCCUCUAUGUACAUUGUAUAUACAUACAACUGUUAGAUUUUGAAAGUAUUAAAAUUUAGAAAAUUAUAUAAAACAAUGUGUUACUUCAUUACGAGCUAGUGGUGAUUGAAUGGCACCUCCAAAUCCACAUAUGUCAGAUAAUUGUGGGGGAAAUACAACAAAGCUCUCUCUGUA